AUCUGUCUAUUUUUAAAUGAGACUGUAAUCAACAGUUAAUUCAAAAUAUUUUUGAUAGAUUUGAAAUUCUUGGAUUUAUUUAUAAUUAGACCAUCCUAUAUUCAAAUUUAUGAGGAUAUUUUAUUAUGGACCACCUUUCCCACCUGUUUAGUAAAGUUCUGCAUCUUGAUGAAAACAGAGGUGGAAAGCUCAAUGAACUCAACUUAAAAGGGAUCGCUGACUUCAUAAAGUCAGAAUCAUGUUUAAAUAUAAUUGUUUUGACUGGUGCAGGGAUUUCCACAGCUGCUGGGAUACCUGAUUUUCGGAGUUCUGGGUCUGGUUUAUAUGAUAAUUUAACAGAAUAUGAUUUGCCUUAUCCUGAAGCAAUAUUUGAUAUCAGUUAUUUCAAGAAAAAUCCUGAACCAUUUUUCAAAUUAGCUAAGCUUAUAUGGCCCCUGGAGCUCAAACCUACUAUCGCCCAUUAUUUCAUAAAGUUACUUAACGAUAAAAAUUUGCUACUUCGAAACUACACUCAAAAUAUAGAUACGCUUGAACAUUUAGCUGGGAUAUCUGCUGACAAAAUUAUCGAAGCUCAUGGUACAUUUAAGACUUCACAUUGUUUAACCUGCAAAAAGGAAUACGGCUAUGAAUGGUUAAGGUCCAAAAUUUGCGAUGAAGAUACUAAUUCGAGUAUAGUACCUAAAUGUGAGACUUGUACAACAGCUCCUGGUUUGAACGGCGUGGUUAAACCGGAUAUAGUAUUUUUUGGCGAAUCUCUGCCUGCAAAAUUUUUUAGCUGUGUUAGGCACGAUUUUCCUUUAUGUGAUUUACUUAUAAUCAUGGGCACUUCUCUUGUAGUUCAACCCUUCGCCUCUUUAAUCGAUUAUGUCUCUCGCAAUACUCCUAGAUUACUAAUUAAUAAAGAAAGGCCGGAUCAUGUAUUUUCCAUAACCCAAUUUUUGGGAUUAUCUAAAGGAAUGGACUUCGAUAUUCAUCACAAAAAUGCCAGAGAUAUAUUUUGGAAGGGAACUUGCGAUGAUGGAUGUCGGGAAUUGAUAAAGCAUUUGGGAUGGGAUCAAGAUCUAAAUAUCCUUUUAACCAAGGAUGACCUCGGGAGAAAAAAGUUCUUGGACACGGUUCAGCCUUCAAAAAAAUAAAUCUGUCGUAAUCAUGAGGAUUUUAAUUAAAUGAUUAGUUGAUUAUAGUCUACUCUUAUUUAUUGAUCCUUUUUUUAGUUGCGCCAUGUUUGCUGCAAUGG